AUGCCAAAAAGUCGUCUCUUUUACAUCCGAGAUGAGAACUCCGGAUACUUGUUUUUAGUGGACACUGGGGCACAAAUUAGUGUAAUACCGGCCAAACCUAAUAUGUUAACUAGAAAGACAGAUUAUACGUUACAAGCGGCGAAUGGAUAUUCAAUCCAGACAUAUGGUAAAACCUCUUUAACCCUAAAUCUGGGAUUUAGGCGAUCUUUUCCGUGGGUAUUCACGAUAGCCCAAGUUCGAACCCCAAUCCUAGGAGCGGAUUUCCUCGCCCACUUUAACUUGUCCGUUAAUAUGUCUUCCCUUUCUUUGGAGGAUAAAACGACCAACAUUACAAGGAAAGGAAUUACAUCUAUUUAUACGAGCACAUGUAUCAGCGCAACUCUACCUGAAGCCAGCGGAAUGCAGGAUCUGUUACAAAAAUAUUCUCAAAUUACAACACCAUUCCGGUAUACAGAAACCGUUCGUCACAAUGCUGAGCACCACAUUAAUACUACGGGCCCACCCACGCAUUCAUCUCCACGGCGAUUGAGGCCUGAUAAAUAUAAACUGGCGAAAGACGAGUUUCAGCACAUGCUGGACCUCGGUAUAAUUAGACAUUCUUCGAGUCCUUACUCAUCUCCUCUUCAUAUGGUUCCAAAACCGGACUCAGGAGCUUGGAGACCUUGUGGCGACUUCCGGAAGCUGAAUGCUACUACAAUUCCGGAUAAAUACCCCAUCCCGCACUUGCACGAUUUCGCAGUGGGUCUACAGGGCGCCACAGUCUUCACCAAACUUGAUCUGGUGAAAGCAUUCCACUAG